AUGAAGGUCUUCGCAUACGUCGCCCUCCUCGCCGCCGCUGCCCAGUCGGCUUCUGCUCACUACAUCUGGACCACCCUCACCGCCGGCGGCCAGACCACCUCCGCCGUCAUCCGCCAACCCCUCAACAACUCCCCCGUCGAGGACGUCUCCUCCCCCCACAUGCGCUGCAACGUCAACCCCAUGCCCGCCUCGCAGACCCUCAACGUCCAGGCCGGCUCCAGCGUCACCUUCCGCCUCGACAACACCCUCUACCACCCCGGCCCCGCCGCCAUCUACCUCGGCCAAGUCCCCGCCGGCCAGACCGCCGCCUCUUGGGACGGAAGCGGUGCUAACUGGUUCAAGAUCGACGAGUUCGGCGCCCAAUUCAACCCCUUCCGCUUCAUCCCCGACGGCCAGAGCCAGCUCUCCACCACCAUCCCCUCCAACACCCCCAGCGGCGAGUACCUCCUCCGCAUCGAGCACAUCGGUCUCCACGUCGCCGGUGCUCCCCAAUACUACAUCUCCUGCGCCCAAAUCCGCGUUAAUGGCGGUGGAAGCGGCAACCCACCCAAGGUCUCCAUCCCCGGAUACGUCUCGAGGAACGACCCCGGUCUCACCGUCAACAUCCACUGGCCCAUCCCCACUUCCUACACCGUCCCCGGACCCCGCCCCUGGAGGGGAUAA